CCGGUCUACCCCUCUGUCGAUACUCCCCCAAUACCACCCUCCGACCUUUUCACCAUGGGCGCUAAAAUCCCCAGAAACUUCAGACUCCUCGAGGAGCUAGAGAAGGGCGAGAAGGGCCUUGGUGCUGAGGCCUGCUCCUACGGUCUGGCAGAUGGAGAGGAUAUGAUGAUGAGCAACUGGAAUGGAACCAUUCUUGGCCCUCCUCAUAGUGUCCAUGAGAACCGAAUCUACAGCGUAAACAUCCACUGUGGUCCCGAUUACCCCGACAACCCUCCAAGCCUGCAAUUCAUCUCGCGUGUGAAUCUGCCCUGCGUUGAUGCCCGAACCGGAAAGGUCGACCCGACGAAGCUUCCGUGCCUUGCCCAAUGGAAGCGCGAGAACACCAUGGAGACUAUCCUGUUGGAGCUCAGAAGGUAUAUGGCCCUUCCGCAACAUAAGAAGCUCCCUCAGCCUCCGGAGGGAUCGAAUUUCUAAAGAAAAAUAAACUAUAACAAAACAAAACUCGCUUUGUAAAUGGCCCGGGACCCAGAGUCGGAGUACUAUGGUUGGUUUUUGCGUCAGGUUCAUUUACUUCUUGCUUCCUUGGCUUAUUAGAGCGUGUACAGUCUAUGCAUUAUGGCGGGCAUGGCGUGG